UUUCCAUUGCGUCACUUAUUACGUCUUGGGCAGCUCCCCGGAUGCGGCUGUGACUGACUAAACCAAGCAGAAGAGAUUGCUAGCUAAGUGGCGGUGCUGCAGCCCAAGUGGUCGUUGGCAGGAUGCAGACCAUAAAAUGUGUGGUGGUUGGCGAUGGGGCAGUCGGGAAAACAUGCCUUCUCAUCUCCUACACCACCAAUGCCUUCCCUGAAGAAUACAUUCCAACGGUGUUUGACAACUAUAGCGCCCAGAUGAGCGUGGAUGGUCGCACCGUUAGCCUUAACUUGUGGGACACGGCCGGCCAGGAGGAGUACGACCGCCUGCGUACUCUUUCCUACCCCCAGACCAACGUCUUCAUCAUCUGCUUCUCCAUCGGCAGCCCCUCCUCCCAUGCAAAUGUCAGGCACAAGUGGCACCCUGAGGUGUCUCACCAUUGCCCCAACGUGCCGAUCCUGCUGGUGGGCACCAAGAGAGACCUGAGGGGUGAUGCGGAAACGGUGAAGAAGCUGAAGGAACAAGGUUUGGCUCCCACCACCCAGCAGCAGGGAAACGCCCUCGCCAAGCAAAUCGGGGCCGUCAAGUACAUGGAGUGUUCUGCGCUGCUGCAGGAAGGCGUCAGGGAGGUGUUCGCCGAGGCCGUGAGAGCAGUUUUGUACCCCGUCAUGAAAAAGAACACCAAGAAAUGCGUGCUUUUGUAAUAGCGCUUCCCGGAUUUGGAUUGUGGAGAUCCACAGAUGCGAACGAUGGCUGCUUCCAACGCCUCCUUGAGCAGGUUGAAGACUUAUUUCUCAGCUCCUUCUUCAUCCUCAGGAGGGCUUCAUCUUUACGACACCAUCAUCACCAAAGUGACUUUGACAAAACGGUGGCAAAAAAGUAGAUCUUGUAUUUUCUUACUUUUAAAAUUUUGAUAUUUACCCAUUCUUCACAUGUUACACUUGUUCUAGAUUUAUAGCAUCCCCGCUUUGCCUUUAUAAGCAAAUUCUGGUCGUAGUUGUCACAAGCCAUAAUUCCAUCUAAACCAAGCUGCCCUGUUUGAAUGGAGAGAAGAGAUCUACUGUUCUUUCGGGGGAGAACUAGUGACUACCUCAUACUCCAAACUUAGGUUGCGUCUCGCGAGUCUCAAGCAACUCUAUUGUGACCCCGGCUAUUAUUUAGUUGUCAUGUAGAGGCUGAGCAGCUUUUUUUUUUUUCCUCCUUCAAUUCAAGCAUCUUGAGUCCAAAAGAGGGCUGGAUGAAUCCCAGACAAGGGCCAGUUCCUGGCAGCACCAGUAGGCGCCAAUGUGCUCAGUGUAGCAUGUUGGUAGUACUGUAUCGACCCCGUCGCCUGCAAUGUGGCAGAGGAGAAUCACCUUUGUAAGAUGAGCCCCACCCAUUCAAAAUCAACUAAACAGGUGGCUUGAGAGACAAAUUAAGCCAAAUCGGUCUUGGAGUUGUUAAACAGCCUGACGGAAGAGGACGUCGGGUCAUAGCACAGCCCUUUUCUUCUUCAGAAACGUGCCUAAGAAUAACCACUUGGAAUUAGUCGGGCCUUUGACUACAUUUCCUUGAUCAGUUUUCUCAGAAUGUUCUGAACUCCUGUUUCAUUGGCAGCGUUGGGAGUUGUUGGCCAAGCGCAGAUGUAGCUAGCAAGCUUCACAUAGUCUAUGGCAUUUGUUCUUUUGGAAGCAACAGAGCCGCUGCUUGUUGCAGCCAAGUAGCACACUCCAUUUUGCCCCAUUUGCAAUUGAAUGGAAUUCUUAAUGCCCAUCCCAAAUCAAAAUCAUGGAAACGCUAUUUUCUGAUCAUGUUGAAUUUCCUUCUCAAGUGUUUUUAACCUAAGUGGCCAAAGUUGAAUAUAUAUAUAUAUUUUUGUAAUCACCUGUGUUUAUUGGAUCCUAAAGGUGUUUAAAAGCACACUUGCAUCGUGAUGUCAGUGAUGUUGCCGCCUUGCAUAAAAUGCGAGCACACGACUACGGCAUAACGUAUCCAAACAGAAUACGGUGGAACCUGCAAUGUGGAACAAUUGUGUUUUUGUGACAAUGUUGUACCAAUUUCAAAACAAUUUUCUCCCAUUGGAACUAAUGUAAGUUGAAAUACUGUAAUUUGUUCCAGAGUCAAGCUGUGACUGUCUGUAAACCUUAAUCAACUGUACAGGAAUUGUUUCAUGUAACAUUGUAGCAUUCCUGCUAGGGAUGGGCAAGUACCUGUUCUAUCGGUAUCAGGCUCAUAUUGGUCUUAUUUUUAGGUAUGGAGCACUCGUGGAGAUCGCAGAUACCAUCCAUUGAUACCUAAGGCAAAACAAAAUCUGACAUUAAGGCCUCCUCAGCAGUAGUUGGUGCGAUACCCUGCUGGUUUGACACGUUACUUAAUCAUCUUCAUCGAAAAGAAAUACCUCAAAUGAAAUGUUAUAUGUCAAAAGUACCAAAGGUAAUUAAGAAUUCUCGUACUAGUUUUGGUUUGUGGCAUCAAAUAUCCCUAAUUGCUGCUGGUCAUAAACGACUUGCCCGUGAUAGAUCCCUGACAUAUAGGUAAUGGAGAGGAAUUGCCUCAUGCGAGUUUCGUGCUCGUCUUUCACCGUCAGUUUUUCAGCACAUGCUGUUCAUGUUUGAAAAGGUGCUGUUGAGAUUGAUUUCUCACGCUGUUAAAGCAGAGACCGUUUCCAAAAGUUGGUUUUCUGGUUUUGAUUAUUAUCACAUUUCACCUCUCCUUGCCAUUUUUUGCGACUCAUUUCACAUUUCCUGCUUUCGGGCUGUUUGACUUUGCAGGUUCCACUGGAGGUUUUCAGCAUUGCAUUUGUCAUUCUUAUCUUAAGACCAUUUUAUUCCUGGAAAAGGGCUAUUGCUGCUUUGGUGUGUGCUUUCCCACCAUGUUGCAGCAUCCAAACUGUCAUUGAUUGAUUACAGGAGCUUUUGUGCGGUCACGUUGCCUUAUCCAAACCAAAAGCCACGUUGGUGCUCCUUUGUCAAAGUUUGUCAUUUUAGUCCCACGGAGCUCCAACCAAGCAAUGACUUUCAUAUUUGGUCAUUGAAGCCUUACCUUCUUCCUGCCAGUAAGCACGCUGCAGCAACUCUAUAAAACAGCUGCGGAAGUGACAUCUCAGUGCACCACAGCCACACUUUUUUUUAUUUUUUAACUCAAUGCGGUUUAUAUUCGUGCAUUGGUCGGCAUGGUGCAGCAAUAACUGCACUGGUGGUAGGUGCCUUGUCGGUUUUAAGAUUUUUGUUGUUGCAAAUAAGCGGUUGCUUUCUUUUAGCGUCAAUAAAUAUUUGUUCAGACUGUGGAAUUAAAUGUAAUACAUUGUUUUAUUGCGCCCUAUAACAACCUAAGCGCAGUAACAGCAAAAGGGCUGAUUUUAGUAAAAAUGUGUUGAAUGUACGUGCUCAAUUAGACAAACUGUGGUAGGCUUUUUUAAAAAAUAUUUUGUAUUCCCCUUUAUCCGGAUGUCCUGAUUUCAUUCAAAUAUGAUGGAAGUGGAACAUACACCUGUGGGCCCUCUGUUGUCUGUGUCCCAGAGCUGUAUGCUACCAUGCGUGUGGUACUACGCUUUUACACUGGGAACUUGAUUUGUAGAGAUCUGUAAUUGUUUUAUAUAUAACAAAGCAUAUUUGUAUAAAUGAACUAACAGUGAGAUGAUUUUAAAUUAUGCCAAAUAAAAUGGUGGUUUCAACCAA